AUGAAGCUUUUCUGGACGGCUGUAGCUCUGGCCGGCCUCUCACGGCAGGCCCUAAGUAGAGCUGUGUCGCGUAAUGCUGGUCGAUUCGGUGUAAUUGAGCAUCCUGACAUUGAGCAAAGAGCGUUACUGCAGGAUAUUGUAACAUGGAAUAAUCAAUCGCUCUACAUAAAUGGGGAACCGCUGAUGAUUUUCUCCGGUGAAUUUCACCCGUUCCGUCUUCCGGUACCAUCCCUCUACAUCGAUAUUCUCCAAAAAGUCAAGGCUUUGGGCUUCAAUACGGUCUCAUUCUAUGUCGAUUGGGCCCUGGUUGAGGGCAAGCCCGGCUCUUAUCGUGCAGACGGGAUAUUUGACUUACAACCUUUUUUUGAUGCCGCAUCGCAAGCUGGACUCUAUCUGCUCGCCCGUCCGGGUCCCUAUAUCAAUGCCGAGGCGUCUGGAGGAGGCUUCCCAGGUUGGUUGCAGAGAGUCAAUGCAACCUUGCGCACCGCGCAGCCUGGCUAUAUGGAUGCUACACAGGUCUAUGCAAACAACACCGCCGCGCUUAUUGCGAAGAACCAGAUCACCAACGGCGGUCCGAUCAUUCUUUACCAACCAGAGAACGAGUACACUAGUUUCUCUGAUGGAUUCUCGUUUGACCCACAAUACAUGCAAGAUAUCAUGGAUUCUGCCAGAGCUGCCGGUAUUGUUAUACCAUUUAUUAACAACGAUGCAGCAGCAGAUGGACAUGACGCGCCUGGAUCUGGGGUUGGCGCUGUCGAUAUCUAUGGGCACGAUUCGUACCCACUAGGAUUCGACUGCGCCGAGCCAUCAUCAUGGCCAUCCGGGGAUCUACCAACUUGGUUCCGCGAAGUUCAUCUGAAGCAAAGCCCCUCAACUCCCUAUGCUAUUGUUGAGUUUCAAGGCGGUUCUUUCGACGCUUGGGCAGGGAGCGGGUUCGCGAACUGCGCCGCUUUGCUCGGUACAGAAUUUGAAGAUGUCUUCUAUAAGAAUAACUUGGCUGCUGGUGUGGCUAUCAUGAAUUUGUACAUGAUAUACGGCGGCACCAACUGGGGCAAUCUGGGAUAUCCAAGUGGCUACACAUCCUAUGAUUAUGGUGCCGCUAUCGCAGAGUCUCGCAACAUCACUCGUGAGAAAUAUAGCGAGCUCAAAUUGAUCGGGAACUUCCUCAAAGUUUCACCAUCUUAUCUUGACACCGUUCCUGGCAAUGCUUCGACCACGGAAUACACCAACACAUCGGACUUGACUGUUACACCCCUCAUUGGUCAGAGCGCCGACUCAUCCUUCUUCAUAGUCAGGCAUUCAGACUAUAGUAGUCUCGAUUCGACCAGCUAUACGCUGCAAGUGCCAACUAGUGCUGGUGUUCUGACUUUGCCGCAGCUCGGUGGCUCUUUGACCCUAAAUGGUCGCGACUCUAAGGUGCAUAUUACGGAUUAUGAUGUUGCAGGCACAAAUAUCUUAUAUUCGACUGCCGAAGUCUUCACAUGGAAAAACUUUUCCAGUUAUAAUGUACUCGCUCUCUAUGGGGGACAAGAAGAACACCAUGAAUUGGCAAUUUCUUCCUCUCGGAAUGCGAAGGUUUCGAUAAUCGAGGGCUCACACACUGGAAUAUCAACUAAGUCAAAAGAUGGUCAAGUUAUUAUCGCAUGGGAUGUGCCAUCUACCCGCACUAUCGUUAAAGUCGAUAACCUUCUCGUCUUCUUGCUUGAUCGCAAUUCUGCGUAUAAAUACUGGGUUCCUCAAGUUGGUACAUCAAAUAACAGCGUCGGGUUCACCAGCCAGAAGACGGUGACUGACUCGAUAAUCGUUAAUGCUGGCUACCUCGUGCGGCUUGCCUAUCUACGAGGAAGCGACUUACACCUCUCGGCAGAUUUUAAUGCAACCACUGACGUGGAAGUAAUCGGAGUGCCGGAGUCCGCUAAGGAUCUGUAUAUAAACGGUGUCAAAUAUCAUUAUACCACCGACUCUAACGGAUUUUGGAGGGCAACUGUGAAGUAUAGCGCGCCAAAAAUCAGCUUGCCAGACUUGUCAACAUUGGAAUGGAAGUAUAUAGACUCACUUCCAGAAAUCCAUCCAGCCUACGAUGACAGUCCAUGGAUUCGUGCUGAUCAUGACUGGACCAACAACAGUGUCACUCCACUGCAGACUCCUGACUCACUUUACGGUGCCGACUACGGCUUUACGGCCGGUUAUCUCCUAUAUCGUGGCCAUUUUGAAGCCAAUGGGAAUGAAGAAUUUCUCUCGAUUGAAACUUCUGGUGGCGAUGGGUUUGGAAGCAGCGUGUGGCUAGAUGACACGUAUUUGGGUUCAUGGACAGGCAGCAGCGACGACGAGACUUACUCUUCCAAUUACACCCUACCAGCCCUUGAAUCCGGUUCUACGUAUAACAUUACAGUUCUCAUUGACAAUACUGGCCUGGAUGAAGAUGGCACAGUUGGUGCAGAUGGAAUGAAAGUCCCCAGAGGAAUUCUCGACUAUGAGCUAUCUGGUCACAGCCAAAGCGAUGUCUCAUGGAAACUGACCGGCAACCUCGGCGGUGAGGACUAUAUAGAUCUCACUCGCGGCCCACUGAACGAAGGAGGGCUCUACGCCGAGCGACAGGGAUGGCAUCAACCGUCUCCACCAAGCAGCAACUGGGGAGCAUCGAGUCCUUUCGACGGUAUCAGUCAGGCUGGAGUAGGCUUCUACUCGGCCUCAUUCAAACUUGACCUUCCCGAAGGAUAUGAUAUUCCGCUGUACUUUGUGUUUGGCAACACCGGUAAUAGUUCGUACCGAGUGCAGCUGUAUGUCAAUGGGUACCAGUUUGGGAAAUAUGUUCCGCAACUUGGGCCCCAGACGGAAUUUCCUGUCCCACAAGGAAUCUUAAACUAUCAGGGUGAGAACUGGGUAGCAGUAACUCUAUGGGCACAACAGAGCAGCGGUGCACAACUGGACAGCUUUGAGUUGAUCAAUCAAACGCCAGUGUUGACUGCAUUGACAGGCAUCGUAUCGUCACCGCAGCCUGCAUACACUCAGCGAGCCGGCGCAUAUUAG